AUGUCGGUCUCGAAUUCGUCAGAGGGCUCCAUGCCACAAAAGGAGGGCGUGGUUGACCAACAUACCACCGACAAUGCCUCAGAUGCCGAGGAUUACAAGGGUGUGACGGCAGAGAUGGCAGAAGACACCAUUCAGGAUUUCUGGGAAGAUGUGGAUCAUGAUUGGCAGUCUUCUAUACAAGACUGGGUGGAAAACUUCCAAAUGGAAGAGCAGGAUGUUAAGGAAGCCCACUCAGAGCGGCAAAAGCUGCUCGCUACAUUCAAGAAAAAUAACAAUCGCGCACAGUUUUGGAACUCGCAGGUAAAUCUUCUUUCCGAGAUUUUCAACAAACUAGCCAAGAAGGACGUUUGA